UCAUUUGUAGUUGUAGUUCUGUUUGUCCUCCGAGCAAUAGUUUGGUUAUAAUUCAAUUUCAUUCUGUUUAUAGUUACUAAUAUUAUGUUAUUCAACAUUAAUCCUAUUAGAUACCUACUGUAAUUGGUACUAGAGGAUCUAGCAGUUUGAUUUCUUGAUUUCAAUAAUGACGUUGAUAAGCUUAGCUCGUUACAGUUACAAAAAUGCAAGACUGUUGCUGUUUGUGAGGCAUUGCUCAGAACAAAAGCAGGUGCCGUUAGAAGAUCGGUACGAAGAGGAUAUAAAGCUUAAAAUUUCGGAAGCUUCCCUUCCUUUUGUCAUAGAACUGGGAUGGUCAAAAAAUGCCCUUAGUGCGGGAGCUGAAAGUAUUGGAUAUCCCGGAAUUGCUCACGGUAUAUUUGCAAAUGGUGGAGCAGAUUUAGUUAAUUACUUUCAAAAGUCAUCGAACAGUAAACUAGUCGAUUAUUUGAAACAGCGACAAGAAGUGCAAAGUUUGAAACCAGUACGCAGUCGAGUCAUUAUAGAAGAAUCAGUUCGGGAACGAUUAAAAAUGAUAAUUCCGUAUUUGCCAAGAUGGCCUCAAGCACUAGCUAUUAUGUCACUACCCCAGAAUGUUUCAAACUCAUUAGCGACCCUUCUAACUAUGGUUGAUGACAUGUGUUACUAUGCUGGAGAUCAGUCUGUCGAUUUCAAUUGGUACGCGAGGCGAAUUACAUUGGCAGGUGUUUAUAAGGCCACAGAAUUGUACUUAAUUCAAGAUAAUUCCGCAAAUUACGAGAACACUUGGAAGUUUUUGAAUAAUAGAAUAAAUGAACUUACACAAGUCCACGAUUUGAUGAACAAAAGCAAUUUACUUCAAGUAGAAAGUACAGAUACUAUUAAAUCCGCUUUUAUCACCGCCAGAAACAUCUUGGGUUUGAAUAGGUAAUUUUGGUUUAGGGUAACAAAUGUUAUUAUAUUCUCUGGUCUGGUGAAUGAAUACAAGAGUUUAAUAAACAUUAAUUUGA